CAGCUGAAAAGAACAGACCCAGUGUAAUAUCACUUUAAUACAAAAGUGUACAUUAACCUCUAUUGAUCAUAAUUCGAGAAUUAUUUAACAAAGAGAGAGUAGUCUAAUAAGGAAUAAGGAAUAAGAAGAGAAAGAGAAGAGGAAGGAAAAGAGAAAAAAGAAAGAGAUAUGAGUGCCUAAAUAAUCACAAUAGGACUAAACUGGUUGAAGACACAUUAAACUUUUAUAAAAAAAAAAUAAAUAAAUAAAUCGAGAAUUAGUUUGUAAUCUUCUAAGGAAUAUUAUAUAUAAUAGUGAAUAAAAUUUAAUACAUAAUAUCUCUGGGGUAACACUAUAACGAUGUCAGCGACUAAAAAGCUAAAAUUUAAAGAAGAAAGACAGAAAAUUAAGAAGAUGAGUAAGGCGCAGAUGCAGCUAGCUAUAAUAAAAAAGAAGCAAUGCGACGCAAAAGCUCUUGCAAUAGUCGAGCAACUUUUGGAACCAAAUGUAAAUUCCGAGUGGCUACUUCAAAAUUUAAGAUUUAUAAGUAAAAGUCACAUGGAAGAUGUUAUAGAAGAGAGAGCGAUAGUAAAGUUAUGCGGAUAUGUUUUAUGUUCAAAACCUUUGACUGUUGUUAUCCGACAACAGUAUCAUAUAUCGAUGCAUAGAAACAAAGUAUAUGAUAUUAGCAGACGGAAAAAUUUUUGUAGUUCAUCAUGCUAUGGUGCUGCCAAUUAUCUUCUUGAACAAAUGCUGGAGAGUCCACUAUGGUUGAGAGAAAUAGAUGAUAUACCAAUAUUUCAAAUAUUGCCUAUUGAUCCUAAGUCUAAACAAUGUACUCCUGGAGAUGAAAUCAAUAUUAGUGAGAUUAAUCUGAAAUCACAAAAUAUAAAUACCGACAAUAGUGAUAAUAAAGAAUCUACAGAACAUAACACUGGCCAGCAAGCAAAAGAUGUAUUAUUAAGUCUCGAGGAAAAAAAUAUAUAUAGUUCUUAUUUAUCAAAUAAUAUAAUUAAUGAUGACAAUAAACUAGAAGAGAUUCCUGUAAAUAUUAAUUCACAAAAGUUUGAAACUUUAUCACACUUAUAUAUGAAUCAAGAGAAGAGAGAUGAUAAUCAUUCUGAAGAAUCUAUAGAUUGUAAGAGCAGCUAUACUAAUGUUCAUAAAAUAAAUUUAGAUUCAGAGAAUUUAGAAAUAAAAGUUGCUGAGCAAUCUGCAAAUAUUCUACACUUGCAUGAAUAUAAUAGCAGAGAUGCACAAAAUAAAAAUGUACAUGUUACAUGCGCUAAUAAUGAUAGCAAAACAUUACAGUCUGAAUUAGAUGAAAUAAUUAACGAAAACAAUUGUAAUAAAAUGUUACCUUUGAAUGAAAUAAGUAAUGACACGAAAGAUGUAAAUAAAAAAAGUAAUGAAAAUAAUGAAAAGCUACAACCUCAAUCAGAUAAAACAAAUAAUAGUAAUAAUGAUAAUAGAAAAACUAUACAUCCUCAAUUGGAUGAAAUAUGUAAUACUAAUACUACAAUUUCAUCGAAAUCUUACAAUGAACAUAGAAAAAAGGGAAAUACAGAUAGAAUUAAUAAAAAUAAAAAGUAUAAGCAGAAAGAAUCUGACAAUACAGAAGUACAAACUAAUAUUUACCAUAAACUUGUAAUACAUGUUGAACAAAGUGUUAAAGAAUGGAUUACAGAAAAUACACUUUGUCUUCUAAUGGGUGAAAUGGAUGAGAAACACCAAUUGUUACAAAAUCUUACGCAGCAGGAUAGGUAUCAACAGUUGUGCAAAAAAUUAAACCGAUUGCAGCUAGAAGAUGAAAAGGAAGAGCGUGCCAAUUUAGAAAGAGAUGAGCUCAAACCUCUGCCUCACUUCUCUGUACUUGAAGAAGAGGGAAAAAAGAUCGACUUGAAGGUGCGUGCAUUUUACAAAGGACAAAUAACAAUAUCGCCUGAAGAUGAUGAUAAGGAAUCAAAAAAUAAAGACAGUAAUGAUUCUGUAUUACCAUUAACGGAUGCUCACGCUCCUAAUGCACUUCGUCGCCGAAUUUUCUUGGAUAAGCUUAAUAAAAUAUUGCCAGAUUUGAUGCGUGCUUUAACUCUCAACGUGGACAGUUCUUCAAUGGCACAAUGUACUUAUGAUCACGAGAGAUAUUUGUUAAUCAAAAUCUUGAGUAGCACUUUUAAUUUAUCUGCUACAAACAUUAUUUUUAAAACUGCCGAAUGGACACUUGUAGGACUUAUCAUGAUUAAAAUGUUAAGUCUAAUUGAUGUACAAUUGCAAUCAUUGCUCCAAUCUAAACAAACUUCAAUGUAUAUAUCAAUGAUUCUUACAACAUACAAACUGGAUUCCAGCUAUUUGGACAGAUUUAUAAUGGAAGUGACGAACACUGUAAAUACAUCCAAAUAAAAUAAUAAACAGUGUUAAUUAAAAACUAUGCAAGAAUCUGAUAUACUUACAAAAUAAAAGAUUAAAGACAAAAGAUAUAUGUAUAUACAAAUGUGAUAGCACAUUUCACAGCGAUGUAUACUUUGUAUUCAUAAAUCAAGGUAGCU